CGACUUUAACGAUCGCCGGUUUCCGUUUUCCUUUAUCGUAUUCGUAUUACGCGCGAAACGGGGCGGAAUAAGUUGGUUUUCGGGGAUCCGAGGACCAGGAUUAUAUUUACAUCAGCGAGAGAUCAGCUUCCGAUGUUGGACGCGCUAAAUAAAGGAUUUCCAUGAGUCGUCGCGUUUCACUUACGCAUGAAUAAGUACAGCGUCAUUGUCGAGCUUCUAUUUCAUUUUUCAAGACAAAUAUUUGCCAUUCCAUUAAAGUUACUUUAAGAAAAAGAAAUGACACUAGUAACUAAUGAUAAUGAUGAAGCAGUUUGCAUCGGUAAUGUUUUAUCAAUAACUGAAUACGAGAAUUAAUAACUGGUAAUACUCUUCAGUUUUUUUUUCUAACCAGUUUUUUUAUUAGUAACUAAUAAAACUGAAAUACCGAUUGUUUUAUCAAAUCAUUUAUUUAUUAAAUUAUCUAUUUAUGUUCAGUUUUUUUUUUAAUUUUUCUUAAGAGUUGUUCCGUUCGUGGUACCUUCUUAUUCUUUAUCCAAUGCUUCUCGAGAGAGAAACAUUUAUUCACGCGAAAUUUACGUGAGACAGUACUUUGUGCUCGAAAGCUAUCCAUCUUCCGUACUUAUUUGCGUACGUGACAUCGUCACGCGUGAAAGUAGAAAGCGAAGACGUAUCGUACUGGAUCCUUGAGAAAUUAGUAGGCAUAAAUCGCCAGCGAGAUUUACAAUAGGACGUGUUUCGCGAAAACGUAACGCACGAGAGGUACGCGAAAAAACGCACGAAGCGUGUGACGUGACGUGAAUAAGUAAUCGUCUACUUAUGCAGCACAUGGAAAAUUAGCGGUUGCCCGAAGUAAUUUACAUCGAUCGUGAACGUUAACUUCUCGAAGUGAGAAAGGUGAGGAAGGUCGGCGUUUAUAGCAAUGAGCGGGCGGGAUUCCCGAUAAUCAGCAACGUGCCCUUGCGCCGCAAUUUCAUCCCGUCGAUCUUCUCUGUGACUGAAUCUCGAAUUAAAAAGGGCGGGCGGUCUGUCUCUCUCUCUCUCUCUUUUUCUCUCUGUCUUUCUCAUUCUCUCAUGUGCAUGAAAUCGCAAGAUCGCAAGACGAAGACGGAGAGCCACGCUUAUAUGUACGAUAACUCGACGAUCACUCGAAGUGAUACGUGUACGCCAAUAUGUAUACACUAACGUAAAGCGAAGCCGUAUUGACAGGAUGAAGCCUGCGUCAGGGAGCGGGAUGGGCCCGAGGGUGUUUGCGACACGGACGUUUGCGUGGAGGCCUCGAGGAGGAUCCUGACGUCCAUGAAACGAGGCGUCGAUCCUUGCAAAGAUUUCUACAAAUUCGCCUGCGGCGGUUUCCGCGAUCAGCAGCCCUAUCAGCCGAGCGCGAGCUUCAAUAUGCUCCAGGCGCAAAUCGACGAACAUGUACACAAAACGCUAACGAACGAGACAGGGCAGAUGGUCGCUGCCUUCGAGAAGCUCGGGCAGUUUUACGAUACUUGUCGAGGGUUUAAGGAAAAGCCCGUAAAUUUUACACCCGUUUACAAACUGUUGGAUGAACUCGGUGGCUAUCUGUCGCCGAAAAACGUGGUACCGUCCGACAUCACCCCUCUGAUUUCUGCAUUGUUAAAAGUAAACGGCGCGCCGCUCUUCGACUUAUACGUCGACGUAGAUCUUUACGAUCGCACAAAGUCAUCCGUAUAUCUUGAUUUUCCUGCCAAGCACGAGAAUUAUGAGUUUCUCGCAGAGGACCAGAAUAAUAGAGACGUACAAAGUAGAAUUCGAGAGAUUGUCCGAGGAUUCUUGCCAAAAAAUAUGGAUCCUGAGGAACAAUCGUCGGAGACGGAUCUGCUUUUGCAAUUUUGCUUAUCGCUCGAGAAGAUUUAUCCGAAGCACAAAGACUUGUACAAUUGGGUGGACAUCGAGCAGAGGGUAUACGUCGCUUACAACCUCACUUAUCUCCAAGAAAGCUUUGGUUACAUAAAUUGGAGAUCGCUGCUGAAUGCUACAUUAGGCUACCGUGCAAACGGCGUCGAUCUGCACGGCGAUAAUAACGACACGAAUCGCGUACACCGGCCGCCAACAUAUGUCGCAUCCGAGGACCAGCAGAUUUACGUCUACAUUACGGCACCACGUUACUUUCGCAGCCUUGGCAAGCUGUUGAGCCGCUCCUCCAGACGGAUUAUUCAUAACGGAUUACUAUUGCUCUACGCGACGGACACGUUGCACGAUAUUGCGAACGUCACCGCCGUCAAGGACUGGGAGGCCUCCUGCUACAGACUGACCAAAAGCGUCUUCGCCGAGGCAGUCAGUGCGCUCUACGUGCGGCAGUACACCCCAAAGUACUUAGAAACUCUGGUCAACAGGAUGACUGCGUUAUUCGAACGCGUGAAGGAAACAAUAGCCGAACGUGUAUUGGUGAAGUCGUGGCUGGACGACGAUACCAGGACGCAAGCGUUGCAGAAACUGAAUUCUUUACGGGGUCAAUUCCACGUGUCGCCUGAUUUUUACAAUGACACCUUGCUGGCACGCGAGAUGGCCGAGGUCGUAAUUGACUCGGAAGACUUUAUUGCCACCGUCCUGAAGAGAUUCCGUCAGAUCCGAGGAUCAGAAAAUCAAAGUCCGCUACGAAGAAACGCAAUAAUUAGACGUAACUACCCUUACUCCGUGCACGCCUAUUACGAAUCCUCCGCAAAUACUAUCGGAAUUCCACUGGCAAUGAUGACAUCCUGGGCGUGGUCGUGGGACGGCGGUCCGGCUUUUGCGGUACACUCCACUCUAGGAUCGGUCAUCGCGCACGAGAUCCUCCACGCCUUUGAUUUUCAUCAGCGUAGGUUGCCGUUCAUGGAGUCGUCGGACCGAAACAUCGACGAGUGGCUUCGCUUUACGCCGGACUCCUGGAAGCGAUUGGAGACCAAGAUAGAGUGCGUCGCGCGACUUUACGCCCGGAGUUUCUGGCGAAGGGUCCAAUCUUACGGAAACGACGUUGCCGUGCAGUUCGAUUGGAACAUGACGAAGAACGAGAACGUCGCGGAUAUCGGUGCUUUGCAAAUUGCUCACAAGACGUGGCACACCUUGACGAACGGGAAGGAUCGAAGCCUCCCCGGGCUGGAAGGACUCCGUCCGAGUCAACUCUUCUUCAUAAGUGCCGCACAGGUACACUGUGUCAACACGACUCUCGAAGCUUAUGUCUUCUCCGUCGAGUUGAACUACCGUGCCCCUCAACCCGAAAGAGUCAACAGUGUAAUGAUGAAUUCUCAGGCGUUCGUAGAGGCAUUUCGCUGUCCGCUCGGAACAAAAAUGAAUCCUCCAAAUAAAUGCACUGUUUGGUGAUCGCCGAUAUACGAAAUAUAAGUAUUACGAUUGUCUAGCAGGCUGCCCAUAUUUCGCUUUAUUUUAUUUCGCAAUUACAAUACAAUCGUUUUAGGAUUUCAUAAUUUUCAACGAGAAUUAAUGCUACAGAAAUUUGCCCCUUUACGCGAAAACUAAUAAGACUUAACCCAUUAAAGGUCAUAAUUGCAGUAUAAUAAAUUUAAUCAAUUUUAUUUUUUUGUUUAAAAUGAGAAAUUUAGUUUAAUAUUAUAAUUAUUAAAUAAUUCUUGUUAUAUAAUCUUAUGAUUUAUAUAAUCUUAAAAAUAGAAUUUCUUCUUGAAAAAGCCUGGCCUUAUAAAUUAGAUUUAAGAUAAAAAUAAGCAAAGUGUUCUAGUAUUUAUUUUUCAAACCUUUAACAAACUUUAAAAAACUUAUAAAAAUAUAAGUUAAUGCCAAAUAAACUUUAAAGUAUUGUUAAUUAAUUUAAUUCACAUAAUAUAAAUAAACAUUAUUUUCUGAAAAAAAAUUAAUGCAAUAAAAGUUAUAUUUAUAUUAUUAAAUAAAAAUUAAAUUUUGCCUCGAAGGUAAAAUGUUAACCAUUAAUGGGUUAGCUUGUAAUUGCUUUGAAUUGCUAAAGAGUUUCAUAGAAUAAAUUUGUUCGAAAAUAAUCAUCGCUUUUUUAACGUUGUUAUGUAGGAUAAGAACAAACACGUGAUUUAUUUUCUUAUAGUUCCUCUAGAACUCACAAAACUCUUAUUAGAUUUUAGAAUUUCAAAAAAUUAUCCGCCCGUGACGCUGUGAAAAAACUUGUUGACGAAAACAAAAUAGCCAAUUGUGUCGAUUUAAAACAAUAAGCUUGCAAUGCAUUGCAAUCAAUUACAACGAAUAUUGUAAAGAUCUACACUAAUUUAUAUUUGUAAUAAAUUGUAACAAAUUGUAAUAAUAAGUAAAAUAAGGAGCAUAAAGAGAACGGUGGUCUCCGACAAAGACGUUAGCAACAAAAAUUGGGUUUACGAUGUUUACAUAAUGAUGAGAACAAUUACAUAACGCAAUUAUUAACAUUUAUGCGUAUUUGAUGCUAUUAAUGAUAAACUAUAUUAACGAAAUGUUAUACAUUGUUGUUAUGGUGCUGAAAAAUAUAAUAUAUAAGUAAGUAAUACAUGUAUAAUAGGAAUAAAAUCUGUGAUAUGUAAUAUAUCAAAUAUUUUCUUGAAUUCCUGAUUCUCGAAUCCAUUUUUUGUUGGUAAUGCCGCACGCCACCGAUAUAACAAAAAUAAGUUUGUAUACUAAAACUAUAUCUUUAAACACUUUGCUUUAUUUAAACAAAAAUGCAGAGACAAUAUUAUAAGUUUACGCCGAUUGCUCGCUCCUAAAUUCUUCGUAAAUUUGUCAUAAGCAGUAAAACAAUGUAAAAACAAAGCAUUUCAACUGCAAAAAUUUAGCGAAAUGCUAAUCCUUUCAAUCUUUUGAUUUUUAUAUUAAAUAAGAACUUUAGAAAGUAAGUGCAAAAGGGGCAAGUAAAAUAAACGGAUCUAUUAUUUAAUCUAAAAAUAAAAUUUACUUAUUAUCAGUAAUUAAUAAAUAAAAUUAAUCAUUAUAAAAAAA